CUUCCUCUUCCUUGACCCAAUCACCCAAAUCCCGGCAUCCAAACGGUAGAGCGCCGGGGGCCGGAAGUGUGCGCUUCGGCGGCGGGUCCCCAGAGCAUCGACGCCGGAAGUAGCGACUGCUAGAGAAGGAUUCCGCUGGCUUCGCUAUGGCGGCCAUCCCGCCAGACUCCUGGCAGCCGCCCAACGUAUACUUGGAGACCAGCAUGGGGAUCAUUGUACUGGAGCUGUACUGGAAGCAUGCGCCAAAGACCUGUAAGAACUUUGCUGAGUUGGCUCGUCGAGGUUACUACAAUGGCACCAAAUUCCACAGAAUCAUCAAAGACUUCAUGAUCCAGGGAGGUGACCCAACAGGGACAGGUCGAGGUGGUGCAUCUAUCUAUGGCAAGCAGUUUGAAGAUGAACUUCAUCCAGACUUGAAAUUCACGGGGGCUGGAAUUCUCGCAAUGGCCAAUGCAGGGCCAGACACCAAUGGCAGCCAGUUCUUUGUGACCCUAGCUCCCACCCAGUGGCUUGACGGCAAACACACCAUUUUUGGCCGUGUGUGCCAGGGUAUAGGAAUGGUGAAUCGAGUAGGAAUGGUGGAAACAAACUCCCAGGACCGCCCCGUGGAUGAUGUGAAGAUCAUUAAGGCAUACCCUUCUGGGUAGACUUGCUGUUCCCUUGGGCACACACAGGUCUUCUGAGAUGGCCCCAGCGAACCAGCUUCCAGAUGACCCAGAAUGACACAGGACUCUAAACUUUAUUUUGGCCUUGUAAACUGCGGCGCUAAGGAGGCCUGGGGUCUUGGGUGAGUUAGAGGUGGAAGUGUAUUUUAAUAAGAUGCUGCUGGUCUCUUCCUCCGGUGCCUAGAUUGACAGAGCAUUUGCAGAAAUGUCCAUACAUGAUCGUUCGCAGGUUACUGCUCCCUGCAAAUGACCCAUACUGCUCCGACACACUUGGAACAAAAUGAAGUCAAUGCCGUCAUUUUGCAAUGCGUUUCCAAACUUCUUCCUGCAGGGAUUUACAUUCUGGGCUAUGCUGCAGUCUGGUGGCUGACAGCCACAGAAUUCAGAAUCAAGUAGUGUCUAUCAGCCUUCUUAACUCUGCAUACCUUAUUUCAGUCUCCUGCAUUUGUUCUUCCAGGGAAUGUAUGCAUCUCGCUAUAUAUUUUCCCUCUCAAAAACAAGAACAUCAACACUGCUGUUUCUGACACUUAGACAUCCCACACAAAACCACAUUGAAUUUUUGCCAAAUGAAAAAUGCAUCCAAUAAUCAAGUUUCUAAGAAGGUGUCAAGUGGGGAAUGAUAAUGUGUAAUAAUAGAGAAAUGAAUUUAUUAAAAGGAAGCAGAAACAUUGACCAUUUUUUCCCCAGGAAGGAGUAGAAAUCUAUAGUGAGCAUAAGAACAGACUGAAUUCUCCUUAAAAAGCAGUAUUCUCACAAAGGAUAGCCAUCACUUAAGUUUUUUUAACCUAAGACUUUAGAGAAACUAGAAAAGAGAUUUUAUACGUUAUUUUUUUUAAAUCUUUCUGAUUUGGGGCUAGAGGGUGGGCGAGAGAAAGGAAGUUAAUACCUAUGUAAUACAUAGAAACUUCCAAAAAUAAAAUGCCAUUGAUGGUUAAAACUGC